AUGUAUCCAGCAAAUCAUAAAACCAUUUUCGUUUUGGACCAUACUCCAUAUUUUGGUAUAUCUAGUGAGGCUCGUUUAGAAUUUGAUUUUCUGAAGAGUCGUGGUCAGAAUUUGAUCCCCUUAGCACCCGUUUGUAAAUCAUUAUGGACCACCAGUGUAGAAGCCUCAUUAGAAUAUUGUCGAAUAGUAUGGGAUUUAUUUCCAACCGGGAAAUUGAUAAGAUUUGUCGUAACCGACCGUGCAGCUUACGUAUUAAAUUCUUGGAGCCCCACUCAACAAAAUUUAAAUCAUAUAAUGAAUGGUACAGCUAUUCUAGGAGUGCCUACAAAGUCUCCAAAGCCUGGCGAAGAUUAUUCAGUCAUACAUGGUUUGAGAGUAGCUAUAGAAACCCUUAACGAAUGUUCAGAGAUCCAGCAUGAGAAGAGGACUUCUUUAAAUGAGAAUGCUAGUAAACUUGUUAACAGAGGAAGAGUAAUAUGUAUCACCAGUGCAAGAGACAACAGUAACAUGAAGAACUUGGAGAACAUAUUUUUAAGUGAAUUGGCACAGGAGAAUAAAAAUGCUUUAGCAUCAGAUCAUUUAAUACCCGUAGAUUAUUGCCACUUAGUCAUACUAAACAUAUUCCCCAACAAUAUUGAAUCGCAAGUCACUAGUCAAGGGCCAAGAGAGGUUUCGCCGCUGUUAACGGUAGAAGUGCAUUCUAUUAAGGCACCAGCUUUGCAUUCGAAAUUGUCGCAUUUAAUUUUAUCACAUUACGAUUUGGCUAGUACAACGGUAACUGGUAUACCAAUGAAAGAAGAACAGAAUGCCAGUUCCUCCGCGAAUUACGAUGUCGAGAUAUUUCAUUCUUCCGCGGCGCAUUCCGCAAUUUUAAAAGGAAAUCCACAAGAUUCCGCUUUAAUCAAGACAUUUAUAAGAUUCGAGGAGGGUUCUCAAUACGAAACCGUGACUUUAAAAUGGUGCACUCCGCGGGGAUGCAGUGCAGCCGAAAUGCAAAAUUGCACAGCUAUGCACAGAAUCACACCAGUAGACGUGAACAGUAGACCCUCGUCCUGUUUGAUUAACUUUUUACUAAACGGAAGAUCCGUGAUGCUGGAAAUGGCCAGGAAAAGCGGAGGGAAAACUAUAUCUCAUUUGCUCGCUGCACACGGCGGAGAAAUUUUUAUACACACGUUAUCCACGGCCAGAAGCGUAUUAGAGGAUCCACCUUCUAUCAGCGAAGGCUGUGGUGGUCGAGUUACCGAUUAUAGAAUAACUGAUUUCGGGAAACUUAUGAGAAACAAUAUAUUAGUGCCUUUGAAAAGAAACACGAGCUGUAACAGCGAAGGUCCUGCAGAAAAAAUGAGAUCCAGAAUGGAGAGGCAUACGAAAUAUUGGCCGAUUACAAUCUCUAGUACUCUUAUGUUUAAUUUGAAACAGUUUAUAAAUCCAUUACCAGAUUUAAUGGUGAAGGAAGAACUUACUGCGGAGGAAGUCGUACAAUGCAAACAAGUGAUCUUUAGUUUAUUGCAAUUGGAAGCGAAACACGAAGCGUUACCCUUGCCAAGUAUAGGCGGUGGGCGCGGCGGGAAAGGUGGUGUACGCAGGGAAGAACACUACAGGCUUUUGUGGGGCGAAAUAGAAACGUUUUUAAAGUAUCAUGCAAAUAAUUCGGCUGCGCACUCCGAAGUUCUGACAUGUCUGCUCGAAGUUCGAAGCAAAGAUGACAAAGACAAAGUUGAACUGGACCAAGCAUUACGCGAAUUAGAUGGAUUCGGAAAAGACGGCGGAGCCACACGGGCCAGUGUAAUAAGAGCGACGACGGAUUCACCGAUGUCGCCACCGCCUAGUACAUCGAUGUCCCUCGGGAAACAAAUUCACAAAAGCGGUAUUUACGCGCCUAAAAGUUUGCUAGAUAUUUGGUUGCAGCGGAGUGCACCCAAAGAGAAAAAGUCAGAUUUUCAUGGAAGAUUGAACGGCGAUGGUCUCAAAGCGAAAUUGUACCCGAACAUAAAGGAGACUGGCCGGGAACCUCGCGAAACUAUUCUAGAAGGCUAACAACUUAACUCGCGAAGUUACGUAUUGACAUGGAAUUACCGCGUAAGCUUAAAGACUACAAUGACUACUAGCUAUUCGUUGUUCAGUGACGAUGCACGAAUCUUCUCAACAGAAAAGAAUAAAAACUUCUUUUUAAUUACAA